AGUUAGGGAGCAGCCGCAUAGGAUUUAGGGGUGUGAGAGAGAGAAAAAGCAAGAGAGAAAGAAAAACUUUUCUGCAAAAAAUCUAGAAAAAAAGCUGGUGAACUGGCUCUGUUCUAGGGAAUUUUUCUCCCUUGUCAUUGGUCCAUUUGAAGUAAUUCUUUUUUAUUCACCUUCUAGGGAUAUAGAUGAACAAUUUUUGUGUUGAAACUUUUCACUGAUAACCAUUAAAACCCCUCAAAUCGAAACCCGAAACCUUUGCCAGGAAAUUUUUUCUGCACAAUAGCGAAUAGGGUUGGCGAACUAGCCCUAUUCUUCAUCAUUUUUCGAUCUCGUCUGAACUUGUUUUGAGGAGAUUUCUUUUGCUGCUCCAUCUAUGAUCAUAGAGGUGCAAAUCUUCAGUUGAGAGUUUUCAGAAAAAACAUCUCCAAAUCCUUCGAAUCAAGGCUUGAAGUUGCAGCUUCAUCAACACUUGAAUCUCCACGAUAGGAGAUUGUUUGCUUCGUUUCAGGAAUUUGAGUGUGUUUUCUUGAGACAACCUGCAUUUAUUUGAGUUUGCAAGUAUUAGUAGAUCAUGGAGCACCAAAAGCCCGUGAUUCCUGGCCAACCUGCAAAAAGAGGGAAGACCAGCAAAGAGCAGAUAAAAUCCAUGGUCGCCGGUGAUUUUGAAAGCGAAGAACAAAAGAAGAUACGCAAUUUCAUCGAGCAGUUGAGGAACUUGGACGUUUCCUUCUAUGCGUUCCGGAGGGACAACUUUUUGAAGAGCCCCUAUUCCUUGGUGCUGCCACUUCCCGAUCAAAUUGUCCGGUACGAAAAUAUGGGGAAUCCUGUUGAGGGGAUAGACUUGGGAAAGGUGAAGCAUUUCAGCCAUGAUAAGAUGAUCCAAAUUACUAGUGACUUUUCCGAAAACAACUACAUACGGAAGUCUACCUUUGGCCGACUGUUCAGAGGCAAGAUUGAUGAAGGUUCCGGAAUGCCACCGCGGGAGGUGAUUGUCAAAAGAUGGGACUUUUUAAUUCCUUUCAGUCCUACUUACGGCAAUUAUCCAGUCUAUUAUGCUCGCCAGCUUGAGAUUCUGCUGAAUCCGCAUGUUGCCUCGCAUCCUAGGAUGGCAAAGUUGAUCGGAUACUGUUGUGACAAGAUGUUUGCUCUUGUAUUUGAUGUGAACCUAAAUCUAACUGUCAAGGAUCUCAUCCCUCGUGAUAACUUCACUUGGAGCCCACGGAUGAAGGUGGCAAGGCAAGUUGCUGAAACCUUAAGGUUCUUUCAUGGCAAACAAAUUGCUUUAUGCAACUUUACUGCUCCCAGCAUAAGUGUUGAUGAGGAUUAUAACAUACAACUGUUUGAGUUUGAUCGUGCUGCAAAUCUUGCAUCGGAUAAUUUUCCAGUACUAAAAACAAUUGUGGGAGGAGCAUACAACUACUAUUCCCCAGAAUAUCUGACAUCAGUGUUAGAGUUUCGCAGAGAAUGGUUUUUCACAUCAGACGUGUAUGCUUUUGGGCUCUUGCUUUUGGAGUUGACAUUAGCAAAAUGUGCAGUGGAGGAAAGACCUGUGAAUUUUGUCGAAGUGAAUUUUGUCGAAUGGGCCAAGAUAGCCUUUGCAAAAAAUGAGAGAUAUGAUCGUUUUAAAAUGACCAUUGCAGUUCCUCAGUUGUUGAUCUUUGACCUGGCAAUGAAGUGCGUGCAAGAAGACCCUAAAAUGCGACCACAUAUGGAUGAAAUUGCCAUGGAAUUGGAUAAAUUGUCUCAGUUUAAAACAGAGAACAGAGGGUUGUUAGGGUAGAGUUCAGUUAAAUGUCCUGAUAUUUCUAUAUAAAUAUUUUACUUGAGAAUGGCACUGAAUUUUCUUGUAUUGAGUUGCUGUCAAGGGUAAGUAACUUCACAUUGUGCUAUCACCAUUAUCAAUUAGCAUUUCUGUUGUUGUUGUUGGUGAUGCA